AUGUCUUCACCUACCUUCCACCCGUUCCCCCGCCUCCCAACCGAGAUUCAGCUUCAGAUAUGGGGAGUAGCCUGUAUCUCUUCCACUAUCUCCAGAGACGCUUAUAAUGAACAGCCUUGCUUGCACUACGUCAACGUUGACACAUACAAGACCAAAGAGAGAGAUCAACUCAACAUAAGAGCCAUCGACAACCAACGGGCUCCCCUCUUCGACGGCCAGAACCCUAUCAACAACCGAUCCGCCUACAUGUGGGAUGGUGGCCUCUGGAUGGCUUUCAAACAGUCCCACGAGGUUACCACUAAGCAGUCAUAUCCCAUAUGGGCUCGACUUCGCAAAAAUGAGUACUAUCCUGGACGCCCUGCGAUUCUCGCAACUCGAGAUGCACGCGAUCCACAUAAGUACAUGGUUUUCCCACGACUAGACAUUUUCUGCAUCAGAACAGCAGACUGGAAGUCCUUGCCCCAUCACGUCGCAUGUUGCAAGACUGGCCUCCCAUCUUUUGAUCCACUGUCCUCCUCUGUUGUUACGGUGGACAGACUCGCUAUUGAGUUUGAUUCCAGCUGGAUCAUUGACUUUCCGGAGACCUUGGAAGAACUGAAAGGCGAGAACUCUGCUCGUGGCCUCGUAACAACAUGGAUUGAAGGUGUUGACAUCCGACCGGUCUCACCCGGCCUCUUUCUGAUAGAUAAGGGUACAAUUUUGGUUCAAAAGACUGGCACCUGGCGUCCUGUGUAUCAUGACUGCGAUGGGAUGUACACUCAGAUGCAUUUGCGGCGUUACAAUGACGCCAUAGAUAAGUUCAUCGAGGCUUUUUGGAGCCUCCUUUCCACAGAGAAGUAUGGAGACCUCUACGCACACGAUAACCCCGACAGUCAUGACGAAGAGUUACGCCCCACACACCCACGCGAAAAUCAAUGUUCUCGUUCGCUUCGAGUUCGUAAAUCGCAAGGAAGUCAGUUGGACCGCUGUUUGCAAUGA